UUUACACACUUCCAAUUUCCCUACUUUGAUUACUCAAGCUAGAUAUGGCUAUUAUCCGUUCGAAAAUCGGAAUAAUUGGUGGUGGAAUAAGUGGCAUAGCAGCCGCUAAACAACUAGCCAAGUACGAUCCAAUCGUGUUCGAGGCAACGGACUGUAUAGGAGGGGUGUGGAAACACUGUUCUUAUAGGUCCACUAAAUUGCAAACCCCUCGAUGUGAUUAUGAGUUCUCUGAUUUUCCAUGGACUCAAAGGGAUAAUACCAAUUUCCCUACUUAUGAGGAAAUAUUAGACUACUUAUACUCUUAUGCUAAACAUUUUGAUGUCUUGAAAUUCUUCAACUUCAACUCUAAGGUUGUGGAAAUUAAGUUCGUAGGUGAUCGAGAAAUGAAUUAUUUUGGUGAAUAUGGAAGUUUGUUGACUGGCAAUCCUGUCUGGGAAGUUGCUGUUCGUAACAAUCAAUCUCAAACCAUACAGUGGUAUGCGUUUGAUUUUGUGGUGAUGUGCACGGGUAAAUAUGGAGAUAUCCCAAAUAUACCAAAUUUUCCAGAAAAAAAAGGGCCACAAGUGUUCAAUGGUCAAGUUCUUCAUACCCUUGAUUACUCUAAACUUGACCAAGAAGCAUCUACUAAACUUAUGAAAGGGAAGAAAGUUGUUGUUGUUGGCUAUAAAAAAUCAGCUAUUGAUCUUGCUGUUGAAUGUGCUGAAGCUAAUCAAGGACCUGAAGGGCAACCCUGUACAAUGGUUGUAAGGACUUUGCAUUGGACAGUUCCACACUACUCUAUUUGGGGUUUGCCAUUUUACUUGUUCUAUUCAACUAGAUCUUCUCAGUUUCUCCAUGAAAGACCAAAUCAAGGCUUGUUUAGGACCUUUCUUUGCCACAUGCUUUCUCCCAUGAGAAGAGCAGCUUCUAAAUUAAUCGAGUCGUAUUUGGAAUGGAAACUUCCACUAGAAAAGUAUGGACUGAAGCCAGAACACCCUUUUGAGGAAGAUUAUGCAUCAUGUCAGAUGGCUAUCUUGCCUGAGAAUUUCUUCACUGAGGCUGAUAAGGGUAAAAUCAUGUUCAAAAGAACAUCAAAGUGGUGGUUCUGGGAAGGAGGAGUUGAAUUCGAGGACAACACCAAGUUGGAAGCUGAUGUUGUCAUACUUGCAACUGGUUUUGAUGGGAAGAAAAAGAUCAAAGCUAUAUUACCUGAUCCCUUUCGCAGUCUGGUAGAGUUACCCUCAGGCAUGAUACCCUUGUACAGGGGUACAAUCCACCCGUUGAUUCCAAAUAUGGCUUUCGUGGGCUACCUUGAAAGUGUUUCAAACCUGCAUUCAGCUGAGAUACGUUGCAUAUGGCUAUCACGACUUGUUGAUGAUCUGUUUAAGCUUCCAUCUGUUGAGAAAAUGCUUGAACAGAUAACACAAGAGAUGGAGAUCAUGAAGAGGACGACAAGAUUCUACAAGAGAAAUUGCAUCUCCACUUUCAGUAUUAACCAUAGCGAUGAAAUCUGCCAAGAGAUGGGAUGGCGAUUUUGGAGGAAGACGAACUGGUUGGCUGAAGCCUUUACCCCCUACAACAGCCAAGAUUAUGCAGAGGAGAAGUAGCUUCAUUCAGUAACAUUUGAAAGUUUCCUACUUAAUUAGCCUAUUAUUUCUUGUAUACCUACUGCUUAUGCAGCGCAUAUUUAUCUACUCAUUAUAAGGAAUAAACAUCACAUGUAUGAAAGGUCAAGCAAGGUCUAUUUUUAUCAGUAAAAGUAAGGAAUAAAGAUUAAUAUUUCAAGAUCA